UCCGGUAGAUCUGUUGUUGUUGCAGUGCAGCUGCGCAAGUUUGCUGCGGAUCUGCUGUUGCUUUACGUUCCUUCCCCACUAAACUACAUCUAAUUAAAGCAGCUUUAGGGCAGAUUUGAUCUCGCUGAGGCCCUCAGUCAUGUCUUCGCCGGUGGAAAUGACAGAGUUGUAUGAUAAUGCGCUGCUCGGGAUUCUGCAACAUGUUGGAAACAUCCAGAAUUUUCUGCAGGUUUAUUUCGGGUUUCUCUACAGAAAGACGGACUUCUACCGGCUUCUCAGCGGCCCACAUGACCGCAUGGGUUUCCCACCGGGAGUAGCAGAAAAAAUGGUGUUCAAGACUUUUAAAUUAUUUGAAAAGCUGGCAGAACAGGACAGAGAGAGAGCCGCAAGACUAUCAGAGGAGACAAAAUCAGCUCCUCCUGCACUACAGGAGCUGGAGGUUCAGUCUGAGCAGGAGGCUGAAGCUCCUGUGGAGGAGAUGAGGAGUACAGAGGAGCCCACACCUGUCACCAUCCCAUUAGAGCCAAACACCGAGGCAGGUAGAGAGACUCCACACAGCAGUACAGCUGAAGCUACAGGAGAGACACAGACAGCGGCAACAACAGUGUCAUCAAAUACGGACUCCAGCAAAGCCAAAGCGGGGCAGGAUUCCUUUCAAUCCAACCCAGACAGUUACAAUGGUGCCAUCAGGGACAAUUACACCUGGUCACAGGAUUACACAGAUGUGGAAGUUCGAGUGCAUGUCCAGCCGAACAUCGUUAAAGGCAGACAGGUGUCUGUGGAUCUGCAGCCGGGGAGAGUUUGCGUGGCUGCGAACGAGGGAGGAUCGCAGAGAGUCCUGAUGGAAGGCGAAUUCACACACAAAAUUAACACAGAGAAUUCCUUGUGGAGUUUAGAGCCAGGCCGCUGUGUUGUGCUCUCCCUCAGUAAAACCGGGGAAGUUUGGUGGAGCGCCGUGUUGAAGGGUGAGACUGAGAUUGAUGUAAACCAGAUCAACCGGGAACGCUCCAUGGCAACCGUGGAUGAGGAGGAGCAUGCCGUUCUGGACCGCCUCUCCUUCGAUUACCACCAAAAACUCCAGGGGAAGCCACAGAGUCACGAGAUGAAAGUCCAUGAAAUGUUGAAGAAAGGCUGGGAUGCAGAAGGAUCUCCGUUUAAAGGACAAGAGUUUGAUCCCUCCAUGUUUAACAUCCCUCCCAGUGCUGUCCAGUUUUGAGAUUAUAACACAAUGUCAGAUGCAAGGUCAGCACUUACUGUAACUCACACGUACAGACUCACACUGAAGUACACACAGAGGUAGCGACAGUUUCUUGCGAUGCUACAAAACGAACAACAUCAACAGUGUAUCUGCUCUGCAAACUUCCUCAUGCCAAACUGAUUUGCUGACACUUUGAUAAUUAAAUCAAUUAUUUUCAGUUAUUGUUUCCCUUGGAAACUGGGACCUCAUUACAUUUGUCAGGUUACUGAAAGGAGGUUCUUCCAUUAUGUACUCACCCUUAUGUGGUAUGACUUUCU